AUGGCUAAAGCUGAAGAGCAAGUCUAUCCUGGGAAAACUAAAUCAACUAUUCAGUUCAUAAGUGGUCGGAGUGAGGUUUCACGCCCAUCUAUGACCAUACGUGUUAGAGACAUCUACAGCCCUAAGCCUCAGCCUGAAAGGAAACCAGUUCCAAUACGACCCCCCAGCCCAAAACCUGCUCCCCCCAGGAGACCGGAGCUCCACAAAAGCCUGUCUUGUGAGCCGGAGCCCAAGCCUAUCAUGAGGAGGCGUGCCCGGUCUCUGCCAUCUGCCGGUGACCAGAAGACCUCCAGGCAUAUGCAAGUCCGCUUUGUUGACUCACUGGGGCUGGAGCUUGAAGAUGUGAAGUUUUUCAAAGCUGGCGAGGAGCCCCGGAUACCGGCUCAUGUCAUCACGAGGCUUCUUAUUAGCUCUGAACUGGCCUUUGGAAAGAAUUUAGAGUUAUCCCUACCCUACUUCAAGCCAUGCUUCCCUGAAAAUAUGUCAACACAACCAGACUUCCUGAAGCGCUUGUCUCAUCAGAAAGUGUGUUUGGAGCAGAUUCUGUGUUCGGAACUGGGCAUUAUUGGCACUGCCCAAGUUUUAAACUUGGCCUUUGAGAAAGAGGUCAUAGCACGUUACUCAUUCACAGACUGGAAAAGUUAUGGAGAUUCAAAAGCAAGUUGGGUGACUACUGUCCACAGAGACGGGGACAUUGUUCCAGAAUCUGACGUCUUUCGCUUUCGCCUACCUGUGCCCCCUUUUAUCCUGAAACCAGGAGCCCACCUAGAGUUUGCCCUAUGCUUUUGGAGCAGAGGCAAAGACUACUGGGACAACAAUCAGGGACUCAAUUAUAAACUAGAGUGCCACAAUUACAAGCUGAUUGUGCCAAAAGAGUGUGAGGAUACCAUGGUGCACUUUACAUGA